AUGCUUCCCUGUUCUUUCCCGUGCGUCACUGCGCCUCCUCCCUUUAUAGGGAAGCAGAUGCUGAGCAUACUGCAGAGCUGCAUCGACACCAAGUUCACCGCCCAUCCCAUUCAUUCAUCCCCCAUCCCUUUGUACUCCUUCCGUGCGUCCCUGUCCUCCCCUGUGCUUCCCCGUGCUUUCCCGUGUGUCACCGUGCCUCCUCCCUUCGCAGAGAAGCAGAUGCUAAGCAUACUGCAGAGCUGCAUCGGCACCAAGUUCACCUCCCGCUUCGACUCCCUCAUGGCUGAGCUGGCUGUGGACGCGGUGACAACGGUGGCAGUGGAGGGAAACUGCCACCUGCCACCUGCUUCCUUCCUGCAACCUUGCCUUGCCCUUCCUAACUCUCUAUGCGGUGACAACAAUGGCGGUGGAAGUGGGGGGCGCAAGGACAUUGACAUCAAGCAGUACGCCAAGGUGGAGAAGGUGCUGGGUGGUCGGAUAGAGGACAGUGCGGUGCUGCGUGGUGUGAUGUUCAACAAGGACGGGGUGGCCCCCAGCAAGAUGCGGCGGCGCAUUAAGAACCCGCGAGUGGUACUGCUGGACUCGCCUUUGGAAUAA